AUGCUCAUUUGGGGUCAGUUCUGGCAAGUUCCUCGGGUACAUCGUAACCCACCGGGGAAUCGAGGCCAACCCGGAGCAAAUCAGGGCUAUUCACUCAAUCCCUUCCCAAAGAACGUCGAGGAGGUUCAAAAGCUAACGGGAACGAUGGCAACCUUGAGCAGGUUCAUCUCCAGACUCUCCGACAAAUCUCACAUCUUUUUCGGAACUCUCAAGAAUCCGAAGGAUUUCGAGUUGAUGGGAGAAGGCGAAUCCGCUCCUCAAGAGCUAAAAUCGUAUCUCACCAUUCCUCCUCUCCUAUCCAAGCUAUUACUCGGUGAAGUCCUGCUGCUAUAUCUAGCGGUCUCUGAACACGCCGUGAGCGUCGUCUUAGUUCGCGAGGAGGGAAACAAGCUGCUACCAAUCUAUUACGUAAGCGAGGCUCUCCUAGACGUAGAGAACCGCUAUAGCCACCUAGAAAAACUGGCCUUAGCUCUGAUAAUCGCCGCUCGCAAGCUCCGACCCUACUUCCAGGCUCAUCCAAUCGUGGUUGUUACCUCCUUCCCUGUCAUAGCAGACUUCGUGGCUGAAUUCUCCCCUGCCUUGCUCCCAGCUCUAGAGCAGGAGGUACGCCUCCGAGGCGAAAGUAAGGAAGAGGGAGAAUGGAUCCUACACGUUGAUGGAUCCAGCAACGUCAGAGGAGCUGGAGUAGGGAUAGUGCUUACCUUGCCAACGGGGAACACAGCCUCAAGGGCCGUGAGAUGCAACUUCAAAGCAACCAACAACGAAAGCGAGUAUGAGGCCCUAAUCGCAGGCCUAACUCUCGCCCAUCAAUUGGGGGCAGAGAACAUCCAGGUCUUCGGCGACUCCCAGCUGAUAAUCAACCAGGUACAAGGGGAGUACCAAGCAAAAGACGACAGCAUGAUCCAGUAUCUGGCGGUCGCUCAGCGACUAAUCAAGAAGUUCAAGAGCUGCAAGCUCACUCAAAUCCCCCGGGAACAGAAUUCACAAGCCGACGACCUGGCUAAUCUAGGGUCCGCCCAUGAAAUGAAUAGGCAGAUGAGUAUCCCCUUGCCCUUGCUUCAAUGGCGAGCUACCCUGGAGGAACCCCCAUCAGAGGAGGUCUCUGCCCUCGAAGAAGGUGAAACCUGGAUGACCCCUUUAAUCCGGUACCUGGAGGCCGACAUCCUCCCGAAAGACUGUAGUAAGGCCAGAAAGAUCAAGAAGCAAGCCGCGAGUUAG